GUUUUUCUGCUAGCAGAUAUACGCAGACGUACGCAAAUAUACGCGGUGUUAACGACCUUCUGCGUAUUUUCGCGGCCGUCGCUCCUUACCUUCUACUUAGUCAAAUUACAUCUACUGCAAAAGCUAGAGGAGCCAGCGCGCGCCCCACAGACACCAGCGAGGGCCCCUCGGGCUGCUUCGUUUGGGCUUUACGGCCAGCGCUUCCCUCGCUCAGCAGGCAGCCGCAUCUGAUAACCAGCCUUGUCAGGUAGCCUCGUGGACGCCUGCGGAAACGUGCAGAACCGCCCAGGCAACUCAAGGCUUUCAGCGGCCCUGCGAGGCGCACACAGCGCAGCGGCCAGAUGUCAUUCCUUAAUCGGCUUUUCAACCGGAAAAAGCCAGAGCUCGGGGCUCAGCAGCAGCCGCUGCGCAGGAGCCUCACCGAGCCCUCGCCAAGCAGCGUGACGCCGAGCCGAGGGCGGAGGUCGUCCAGUGAUGAUAGAGACACGUUUGAUAUUACCCCACCCUCUCGGGUUGCUCCCCGCGGGCGGAGAGUGGGCGUGGAGCUGGCGCGCGCCAAGACAUCAGUGGACGUAACAAGCGUGCGGAGCAGCGCGGCGUCCUCAGCGCCAGAGUCCGGCGCCAACAACGUAGUCGUGGACGGGCCCAAGACACAAUACAAAACACUUCGGACGCUACAUCGCUCCAGGCUGCACACCAUCUCGCUAGCGCAGGAUCGCAACACGAAGGCGCCGGUGGUGCUCAAAACCUUCUUCAAGGCGCGGCUGAGCUCCAGCGCGCGCGCGAAGCUGGACGCCGAGGUGACGCACCUGCGCUCGUUGUGCGGUGUGCCCGGCGUGGUCAAAUACGUGGCGCACUUUGAGGAUGAUGACAGUUUCCACAUCGUGCUGGAGCGCUGCCCCGGCACAACGCUGAUCGAGCUGGUUGCCAACAGCGGCGGCCGGCUGGCCGAGGCGGCGCUGGUGUGCGACGUGCUCAUCCCGCUCACGGUGCUGCUGGCGGACCUGCACCGCCGCGGCGUGGUGCACCGACACAUCAAGCCCGAGCACGUGCUGUGCGCGCCCGACACCGGCGCCGUGACGCUGCUGGACUUCAGCGAGGCGGCGGACCGCCGCGCGCGCUGCCUCAACAACCGGGCCGGCACGCUGGAGUACAUGGCUCCCGAGGUUCUGGACAAGCCCUCCGCGGAGGAGGUGUUCCACCAGGUGCUGUACAACGGCAUGAGCGAGGAGGAGCUCCCGCAGUACGACGAGAAGGCAGACGUGUGGAGCCUGGGUGUGCUGGUGUAUGAGGCGCUGACCGGCUGCCAGCCCUUCCUGGCCGACAGCGCCGCCGACAUGAUGGGCGUGCAGCGCCAGCAGCUGCACGAGCUGGACGGCAGCGGCACGCCCAAGCUGUUCGCGGGCCGACACCUCAGCGGCGAGGCGCGCUCCUUCCUGGAGCAGGCGCUGCAGCUGGACCCCAUCAACCGGCCCUCCGCCGAGCGCCUGUUGCAGCACCCGCUGCUGCAGCGCCACUGGCAGCGCUACCACACCAAGCAGGUGGCGCUGCUGGGCGCCUCCGCCGCCACCUCCGACGCCUCGCAGCCCACCUCCAGCGGCAACAGCCCCGCGCCUGGCAGCACCUACAACUCCGGGUCGGGCGGCCUGCCGGCCGCGUCCCGGCACCAGGGCGUCAGCAGCGCGCCGCUGCCACUGCCGCGGAGCGAGGCAGACAUUGUGCAGAGCGCCGUGGCGGCGGGCUGGAUGGCCAGCAGCACCGAUGUGGGCAUGGGCGGUGGCGGCGGCGGCGGCAGCAACCGGCGCAGCGCGGGCGGCAACGUGGCGUCCGCGGUGCCGGAGCGCGUGCUCGCCGCGCCGAUCCAGUUUGCGGUGCGGUAAGCCGUGUGAGCGGUGAGCGGUCAGCCGUCGCUGGCGGAUGUUAUUGGUCACAGGAGAGCGAACGAGCGAGCAGCGGACGUGGAGGGAGUGCUUUGUCGCGGCGUCUUCCUUCGGCAAUCUCGCAGCUGCUCGUGCAUCUUCAGCAGAGGCUUGCAGGUUUGGAGUUGUGGAUUUAGUCUCAUGUUCGGCGGGUGUGUCGGUCCAGGCAUCAGGGCCCCCGACGGAUCCGUCAGCAUGCUAUUCCCGCAUUGUGGCAUUCACCUUUAAUACAUGCACGAGGCGCCCAUUGCAUAUCACAGAGUAAAUCUGGCGCAGCUUUCAUUUUUGUAUGGGCAAUCCUCUUUCAUGUGUGGAGCUGCGGCGGCGUGUGACAAGGCCCCGCCCCCGGGACGGUAAUGCACUUCUGGUGCGCUACCGCAAUCCCGUCGUGGCCCCACGGCCCGAGCCGGGGGCGGUGCGCCGGUUUGCGCUUUGCAGGGGGCUUGGACCCCAGCCCUAGGGGAGCGACGGCGCCGGCAUUUGCAGUGCCCGCCGUAGAGAUUCCGGGGAGAGCUCACCUGCGUAUUACAAUUUCCUUGAGAGGGCUGGCAUUCCUGUACACGUACCGCGUAAACGAACUAUAUCUCGACUGAAAGCGGGACUGCAUGGUGUGGAGCCUCAGUCUUGCGUUUUGCGGGCCCCUCCGUACCCCGCCCCGGCAUCGCGACUAAUCAAGCGGCCUGUGGAAGUACGGAAUUUUCAGGCAUAAAUUCAGAGCGGUUCUGAAGGGGUGUGGGCCGUGGAGUGGGUAUGGGGCAAGGACCUAAGAGCGAGAGGAGUGUAAGCGGAGCUGUGCGGCGGCGUUUGGGAUUUCUUAUUGGCUAUGGAGGGGCAGAGGCAGCCCUUGCCGGAGGAACGGGCUACACCCUCAUUGCCAAUGUGCGUAACACGCACUGGGCAGGGCGGCAAGGUUGGCCAUAUGUGGAAGGCCGCUGGGUGGCAGCUGAAGAUCGGUAGGUUUGUUACUAGGCAAUCGACAACACUGCGACAUCUCCGGUCGUGCUAGAUGGUUGCAUCUAUGCGUGGUUGUGCAGGUGAACGCCACGAGGUCCGAACUGUCGUGCACUUCGUGCAAGAUGUGACGAAGUGUGACAACGCAUCUCCGUCUGCUGGGUGCAUCUAUGCCCCGGAAAAUGGCAAAUGCAAUCCAUUCCUGAUGCGUGAGACCAUACGCCAAACGGAUUCCGGAAGAGAACGAUGCUGUGACCGGGAGGCGGUUGAUGUUGUUGUGUUUGGCUUUUUGGACGGAAGGGGAAAGUUCGUCUGCGUGUGUGUUCAGAGGGCCACGGGCAACCCGAAGAAACCGAAACAAUUGCAGGUGCGAAGACACGCGCUGACGACAGGAUUCCAGCUGCUGCUGCGGGCUUUACUACUCAUUUUUAUUUCGGCUAGGAUUGCUGAGUUGGGCGGCGCGCCCUGUGACUCGGGGGCGACAUGAACUGUUGUUGCGCUUUGGGUGGGCAGCGAUGCACCUUCCAGACCGCAUAUGACCUUGAUGACCUGCAAGCAAACCCUGGAACAUGUUGGACGAGGAGGUCGGCGAUCAACUGGUAUGCGCGGACCCCAAACAAUGCUGUGGCUGCACCCCAAGUUUGGGGCAGUGCUGCAUGCGACAUUUUGUGUUUGGCUAACGGUAACCUAGCGAAUGAUGGAGUGUGAGAUGAGAGCGAGGUGGGGGUGGGGGAGAGGCGCGUUGGACCAGGGGAGGAGCAUGCAGGACGCUGCAGCUACGGUAUCAUGGAGGCUCCAGAACCUGCCAAGUAGCUGAGGCGUGGCGCAAAGGCACAGUGAGAGAGCGAGUGAUUGUGUGUGGGGGGUGGGUGGGGUUGAAGGCGCACUCAUAACGACGUGGACACGUGUGUGUGAGGGGGGGGGGUGUAUGUGGCGGGUCUUGUGGCGGGACACUCGCGGCACAGCACGUGGCACGUGGGCUUACGGUGGCACCAAAGUCUGCGUGCAGCACGGGCAGGGUUGCGCGGGUGCCCUACCGCGAAGCUGUGCUACGGCCUGGGACGGUGUGCGUGGAGUGAUGCGACGAGGUGCAGAAGGCGUGGGACCCUGGGUGGGGGCGUUGGCAGACAUCCGAUGUGCAAGGCCUCAAGCCUAGAAAUUCUUCGUUCUUCAGUAGGAUGGAGCAGUUCUUGUUCAGGCAGUGUUGUUUGUUUGGUUUUGUCCAGGUUUGUUGAUGUGCGCGCGGUAAAUUGCCUGAGUGAAGUUUUGUGUUGAGGAGUUAUGUUGGGAGUGGCUUCAGAUGUGGAAGGCGUUCACGAGGGUAAAGCGCUUCCGGCGGUGUUGUUCGGGUCCUGCCUGAGAGGGCGCGGAGCUUGGCAUAACUCGCUGUGGACGGUGGCGGAAGUGGUGGAUCGACGUCGUGAUGUGAACCUGUUGAUGUCCGAAGCGCCCUAGGCGACGCAAAACAAUGUAACAAUAUAAUGUU